GUGGUCAUCCACAGACGUUAUGCUUACUUUUGUGAAUUGGCUCAAUACCAAACCAAGUCACAUAAACACAAAACCAAUUAAAACACCACCUUUCGUAAUUCAAAUACAAAAAAAAAAGAAAGAAGACGAAGGGCCAUUGUUCAUCUUUCCAAUAAAUAUUUUUCCGUCAAAUUCGGAUUUUUUAAGAUUCUCAAGCACGUUUACUUCUUAACUUCACCAAAAUUUGGAAUUUUAUCAAUUUCACAUCACUACAUUUUUUGCAAUUCCUUUGAAAAUUCAAAAUCUAAAUUCACGAAGAAAGUUGAAUCUCUCUGAAAUUUCUUCGCAUUUUCUCUCUCCAUUUUCUAGGGCUCCUUUUCUUCGAAUUUCGGCAUUUCUGUAAUUUUGGAAUCGUCUAUUUCUUUACGAUGAGGAAGUCGUGCUGAACCGGGUUAUUGAUUAUUGUAUAUUAGGUGAUAUUGUAGUGACAUCUAGGCAACAUGAGUGUGGUGGGAUUUGAUAUUGGAAACGAGAACUGUGUUAUUGCGGCUGUGAAGCAUAGGGGGAUCGAUGUGUUGUUGAAUGAGGAAUCGAAACGUGAGACACCGGCUGUGGUGUCGUUUGGGGAGAAGCAGAGAUUGUUUGGUUCUGCAGGGGCUGCUUCUGCGACCAUGAAUCCGACGUCAACAAUCUCUCAGGUCAAAAGAUUGAUAGGUCGGAGAUAUGACCAUCCCAAGGUUCAAGAGGAUUUGAGGAUGUUCCCAUUUGAGACUUCUGAGGGUCCAGAUGGCGGUGUUCUGAUCCAUUUACAGUACUUGGGCAAACGACAUACCUUUACACCUGUGCAAAUGUUGGGAAUGCUUUUCUCACAUUUAAAGCAGACAGCUGAGAAAUGUUUGGAAGCACCUGUUAAAGAUUGUGUGAUUGGGAUCCCCUCGUACUUCACUCAUUUGCAACGGAAGCUAUAUCUAGAUGCUGCAACUAUUGCAGGUCUUACGCCGUUAAGGUUGCUGCAUGACUGCACAGCUACCGCCCUUGGUUAUGGGGUUUACAAGACAGACUUCUCCAACAAGGGCCCAUGCUACGCUGCCUUUGUGGAUAUUGGGCACUCUGAUACUCAAGUCGCAGUUGUCUCAUUUGAACCUGGACAUAUGAAAGUACUUUCUCAUGCUUCCGACAGUAACUUGGGGGCUAGAGACUUUGAUGAGGUGCUCUUUCGUCACUUUGCUUUGCAGUUUAAACAACAGUAUAAUAUUGAUGUUCCUUCUAGCCGUCGAGCUUGCAUUCGGCUUCGGGCAGCUUGUGAGAAAUUGAAGAAGGUCUUGAGUGCAAACCCUGAAGCACCUUUGAACAUUGAGUGUUUGAUGGAUGAGAAAGAUGUGAAGGGUUUUAUUACAAGGGAUGAAUUUGAAAAAUUCUCGUCAAAUCUGUUGGAGGGAAUGGCUGAACCAUGUAAAAAGGCUCUGAUGGAUGCUGGUGUGGCAGCAGAGAAGAUACAAUCUGUGGAGCUUGUUGGUUCAGGAUCUCGAAUUCCAGCUAUUUCUAGAGUGUUAGCGUCUGUUUUCAGAAGAGAACCAAGCCGGAAAUUGAAUGCCAGUGAAUGCGUCGCUCGUGGUUGUGCGCUGCAAUGUGCUAUGUUUAGUCCAAAUUUCCGUGUUAAAGAUUACGAGGUGGAGGAUUCGCUACCAUUUUCCAUAGGACUCCGUUUACCUGAUGAGGGUCCAAUACAUGCACUUCCAAAUGGUGUAUUAUUUCCCAAAGGUCAUCCAAUCCCUAGUGAGAAAGUGUUCAAGUUGCAGAAAAGUAGUGAAUUUCAGUUGGAAGCCUUUUAUGCUGAUGUACAUGACUUACCUCUGGGUGUAUCUCCUAGAAUCAGCGUAUCCACGAUUGGGCCUUUUCCCAUGGCCACUGAAAAUGCUCAUAUAAAGGUUAAAGCUCAUCUAACUCUCCAUGGGACUGUUAAGUUACCAUCAGCCACUCUUGUAGGGGCUUAUGUGGAUGAACCAGUUUUGAGGAGUGCAGACAAGUCCUCAGAAAGGAUGGAAGCUGAAUAUGAUUAUGGAUCUCAUGACACAGAAGAUAAUGCCGAAGAUAAAUAUUCUGCACCCAAGCCAGUGCCUGCAUUUUAUAGUCACAACGGAAAGGGUAAAGCCAUGACUCGGCUACCUGUACCUAUAGUUGAGGAUGUUUGUGGACACUUAAGUGAGGCAGAGCUUAUCAAAGCUAGGGAGAAGGAAGCUGAACUGACCAAGCAAGAUUGUAAUGUUGAACAAGCUAAAGAGAAGAAAAACACCCUGGAGUCUUAUGUAUAUGAAACCCGCAAUAAGAUUUUGAAUACGUACAAGGAUUUUACUGCUGAGUCAGAAAAAGAACAAAUCUGCAAGGAUUUGCAGCAGACAGAGGACUGGCUUUAUGAGGAGGGAGAUGAUGAAUCUGCUCAUGUUUAUGCUGAGAGGCUGCAGGAUCUUAAACAGAUGGUGGAUCCAAUUGAAAUUCGAUGUAAGGAAGAAGAGGCCCGACCUCAGGCAGUGAGGAAUUUACUUGAAGUAAUAAAGGAGUGUAGGACAGCUAGUAAAAGAGAAGCUGUACUUGAGGAAUGCAAUAAAUUGGAACGAUGGCUCGAAGAAAAUAUUCAGAAGCAGGCUUCACGGCCUAAAAACAUUGAUCCAGUGAUAUGGUCAAGUGAUGUUGAAGAAUUAACAAAAACCCUGCGAGAGAUGUGUUUUAGGCAAGCAAACUCAAAGGGUUCUCACGCUAAGCCAGAGGAUAAUAUGUACUCUGAUCACAGGAGCAAACGAGAUGACAUGGAAGUAGAUUGACGCAAUAUAAGACCAAACAUUGUGGCAUUAUUACUAAUCAUUCUGGUGAGCAGUAAUGUUUUUUGUACCUAGAUUUUUGCAACAUUUUGGGAUUUAACAGUUGCCCUAUAUGGCCUACACUGUAGAUUUGAAUUGUCAUUAUUUUUGUAUCUCAAACACCUCCCCCCACCACCCGCCCCCAUCCCCGCCCCUGAAAAAAGAAAAACAAGAAAACAAAGGGUUAGAGUUGAUGAGUAGCUUGAGUUAUCCUGCGAUGUUACAAACAUGUAAACAUCUGUGCUAUGCUUUAGAUGAGUCGGCGACAUUCACACACCUAUUGAAUCUUUUGACUUUCUUAGUGAUGCCUUCUGAAUGUAAACUGACUAUUAUUCCGUAUAUGCAAUAAAUAGUAUUUUAUUUCUUUGUGUA